AUGUUUCGCACCCAAUCUCUAAAGCGCUCCCGCGAUGAUGACGGCGACCUCCACCCCCUUGGCCCCAAGAAAACUCGGCCGUGGCAAGGCCAUGGGUCCAAUUCUUUCUCCCUCCCCGUCCCUGAAUCUGCCGACAUCGACCAAGCCCUACGUUUUCGCGCUCCAACCCUAACCCCCAUCGACUCAUCGGACGAGGAAGAUGCCCAGAAUACCAACAGCCAUGCAUUGUACACCGGCACAACAACCAAAGUCUUCCGCCCUAAACCUUCGAACCUCCACUUGGACCUGAAUCCGAACCUAAACCAAGCCCCGGCAAAGAUCCUCCUGUCUGGCGACGACCUCUCCCCAUGGCAACAAGCCUACGCCCUGAACCACUACGAGAACCACUCCCUCGACAUCAACGCCUCGGCCCUCACAGCCCCAGGCUUCGGCCACGAUGACUUCGAACCAACUCCAGCCCUCACCCCCGCUGUCGACACCCCCAUGGACAUGGAAGACAUAACCCCCUUCAACAAAGAACCCCCCAUAAUUCGACUUCCAAGUCCAGUCAGCGACACGGAUAUGGCAAUGUGCGAUACAAUGUCCGACACGGAACUAGUCUACCCCGGCACCUACCCAACCCGCGUGCCGACGCCAGGCCUCGACUACGGCAACAUGUCGCCGCACCCGGUAGCAGCACACCCCAUGUCGCGGAGCACCUCCAAUCAAUCCGCCACGCGCACGCCCACCCCGUGUCCUAUUCCGCAUCGCCGCUCGGCGCUGGUCAUGGGUUAUCGUGCUGAUUGCGAUAAAUGUCGGUGCAAAGUUCCUGGCCACUACAGCCAUAUUAUUCAGCGGGCUUGA